AUGGCGUCUAGUGUACACUUUUGCCAUUUAAUCUCAAACCACACUCAGUAUGACGGACACUUUGUGCCUGACGUAAACGUGGUCUCUACGUGCAGAAAACGACCGUUGGUCGGGUCAGAUCGACGUCAGACUAGCGACGUUGGUUGUAAGAAAAAAGAACUAAGCGGCGAUGGGUUAUACUGGUCAGGAAAUAUUCUGCAAGUUAGAGAGGAGCAGCUGCACCCCAGAGCUCUUUUCGCCCAGCCCUGCGCUGAGUCGAAGCCACCGAGAGGUAAACAGUGUAUGAGCUGGCAACGAAGUAUGAAGACGCUAACCAGUAAACUGUCAGGCUAA